GUCUGAACUUUAUUCAUCCAUUAGAAACUGAUUUCACAAAAGGCAUUCCACAACCUGUACCUGAAAUUGAUCAAAAAACAUGUCGUGUAUUACUUAGGCAGAGUAUUUUGUUAUUAUUGGCACAGAUUGGUUACACAGAAGUGCUGGAUAAUACAUUAGAUACUUUUGUUGAUGCUGUAGAUGAAUAUUAUAGAAAUUUAUUAAGAAUACUUCACUCUAAGAUGGAUUGUGCUCGUAAGGGAUAUUAUACUCAAUUUUGUGAUAUUUAUGAACAUUCUCUGCAAGACGUUGGAGUAGGUGGAUUCAAUGGAAUUAAAAGAUAUUAUAAUCACUUUGUUAUCGAUUAUGAAACUCGUGUGUACAAAAAAUGCGUGAAAGCCCGCCAAGAUCUCUUAACCCUUAUCGAAACCCCUCCUAAACCACCUGGAACACGCCGACGACGUAAACAAAGUCUGGAAGAAACAACAGACCACGAUUUUACAUUCGGUUACGGUUCAAAUUUAGAAAGUUUUAUACCAUCUGUAGCCUCAAGUUCCACCAGCUCUCGAAACGAAGUGCCUGUUCUACAUUUACCGGAGGACGAUUCGAGUUAUGUAGGUGACAAUUUGUAUGAACUUAUACCAGAUGUUGAAAUUACGGAUGGGGGCUCUAAUGCCAGUGGAACAAUUGGUGGAGAUGCUAAAAGUGGAGCGGAGAAUGCUGCUCAGGCUGGGAGUAGUGGUUUGAUGGGAAUGGAAAUGACUUCAGAAAGGGGACACACUGAAGAUUCGACAACUGGAUACUAUGAUGUAGAAGACUUAUCUAAUUAUUAAAUUAUACUUUAAUAAUUACAAUGAAA